AUGGAUUGUGACAAGACGGCCGCGCCUAUAUUGAAGCAGAGACUCACCAGCCUUAUUUCAAUCCAAGCGCCCGUUUUUGCUCGUCUCUUUCAAUCCCGGAUCAGUCUCCGCGAUUUUGAAAACCUGCAAGCUUUUCGUUCCUUACCUGCUUGCCUAAUGGCCAGCAUGCUUGUUGACACAAUGGCCAACCCUGAACCAGAAAUAACGGCUGUGGAAGAGAUCCUCACUGUCACUGUCGAGUCACCUUCCAGUGAAGGUCUCACAAUCCACAAAGAAGCCAUGAUUUCGACCAUUACCGAGACUACUGUUGAUACGAAAGCGGUCACAUCCGUACAGGUGCUCGAAGAGACAACAACUGUAUCGAAAAACGCGGAAGCCGCUCCCACAAAGGUGAAGAAAGCAAAGAAGUCCAAGGACAGCAAGGAGAAAGCGCCACCUAAGCCGGCCGAGCUACCAUUCUACCAGUCCUUGGGCCAGAAGCUAUGUACUGAAAGCCAAGAGGAGACAGCAUGCAACAAGCGUGCUCUAGAGGACACAAACAUACAAGCCUCUUCAACCGGUUCGAAGUCUAGAGCCAGUACGUCUGACUUUCUGCAUCCCAGCAGACCGACGCAUCGACGAACAAACAGCCACCGAUCAGAAGUCGACCUCAGCGAUCGCGAGAACAGUGUCAGCACCGGGUCCAUGUCCGACAUUGAAGUUAAGGACCCGUCAGUCAAUAGCAGUCUCAAAGGCAACCUGUACAAUCUCGACGACUUCAAACGUCUCGAAGCGAUCAACCAGCUCAUUGCAGAAUAUGGCACGGUCUCUCACAUGAGUGUCCGGGAUCCCAGCUACUCGUUCUGGAUCAAUAGGACUCGGACUGCUGCUGUUCACUUCAAACUCCUCAACAAGGUCGCCGUGCUAGCUGGUGAUCCACUCUGCCCAGCAUCUGCCAUGCCCUCAGUUCUUGAAGAGUUCGAGAGAUACUGCAGGAAAUCACGCUGGAAGACCUCCAUCAUCGGCGCUAGCGAGGACAUGCUGGAGCUCGCCAAACUCCGGAAAUGGCCCGUCAUGCGCUUCGGCACAGAAAAGGUCUUGAACCCAAUGACGAACGAAGUACUCCUGGGCAAGGGCGGAAAACGAACAGCCACACAAUGCAAGCAACUCCUCGACCCUACCAAAGGCGGUCUGACGCUGCACGUCUACAUCCCCUCCAGAGGACGCGACCUCAGCCUCGAGGCCGAAUUGACCAAGAUCUACGACGACUGGCGCGGCGACCGCAACACAUCUCGCGACAACCAGGCUUUCAUCACGGUCUUUGAAAUGUUCUCCAUGCCGCACCUCAUGACCUUCAUCUACACGACGAGCAAAGACGGCGCGGGCGCAGGCGCGAUCAACGGCUUCGCCGCCCUCCGCAAAAUGGGCUCGUCGGCGGCUGGGAAAUACCACAUCGACCCCUUCAUCCAAGCAGCUUCCGCCCCCAGGGGGACAUCGGACCUCCUCAUCUUCGCGUCGCUGGCGUACCUCAACGCCCUCGGCUCCACGUAUCUCGGCCUGGGCCACGAACCCGUCAGCGAGCCAGACGCCAUGUGGAACAUGAACUCGCUCAUUGUCAAGUCCACGAGAAAGGUCUACCGCCAUAUCUUCGGGCGUCUGCCCGUGGGCGGCAAAGAGACGUUCAAUUCGCGCUGGAAGCCCGACAGCGAGCAAGAGGCCGGCUUGUAUCUCAUCUUCAUCGGCAAGAAGACACCCAGCCCGAAACAUUUGCUUGCAAUGACGCAUUUCGCCAACAUAAGUCUGCGCAACGUCCUCAAGGCAGACUGGAAGGAUUUCAAACAGGAGCUGCGUGUGCCUGUUGCCAAUCCGGGACUGAUGCUUUAUGCCGGUGCUGCGCCGUCGGUGCAGGCCCCCGGCGCGGAUCGUGAUCGUGAUCCUGAACGUGUGAAGGUGGACCGUAGCGUCAGUGCACCAGCUACCACCACGCUAUAA